GGCCUCAAUCAGUAAGGAGAUACCUUUCCUGAAAGUUCUGACAAUCGGUUGGAAAUCUCAGUGGGAACUAAAGAAAUCUCAGUGGGGAAGAGAAGGGAAACCCACAAUGGAAGUAGCUGGACAGGACCCGCUGGAUGAUGUGCAGGAGAUGAUGGAAAUACCGAAAUUAGAAGUCACAAAACAAAACCUUGACUAUCUGAACUCAGACCUUGAAAAGGACCUGCAGAGACUGGAUGAGGCAAAUCAAGUUCUUCUCAGGAAAAUUCAAGAGAAGGAAGAAGCUAUUCAAAGUCUGGAAGGAGAGACUGCCUUGUCACUAGCACAAGCCAACGAGAGGGAGGAGUUGAACCAUAUUGCAUCAGAGAAGGAGGAAACCUUGAGGAACCUGGAAUCAGAGACAGCAAAGCUGGAGAAAAGUAACAAGAUUCUGAGCAGGAAUGUGGUGGAGCUUCAGAAGAAGAUUUCAAGGAGACAUAAGAAUGAUGGCCUUAAUAAAGAAACCCUAAAGCAGAUGUUGGCAGAACUGAAGGUCAGACUACAAAAGUCAACAGAGUCCUGCACAAAGCAAGAGAAGGAACUGCUCAAGAUAGAGAGCGACUACCAAUCUUUGCAUCAGCUCUGUGAGGACCAGGCCCACUACAUAAAGAAAUACCAGGAAAUUCUGAGGCAGAUGGAAAAGGAAAAAGAGGUGAUGCUUCUUGAAAAAGAAGUAUUCAAAGCCCAGAACAACUCUUCCCAAAUCGUGAAACCUGGGUCAAUUCUGGUAGAGACCAUCCAAAGCAACAUGGAGAAGACCAUCAUUAAGAAACAGAAGAGAAUCUUUUGGUACAGGCAUUUCAGGUGCCUUGUCUUCAUGGUCAUGAUCUUCAUUAGGCUGCUGGGUUAUGCGCUUUUCCACCUGCAGUACAUAAACCCAGACCUUCUUGUGGAUGCCCUACCCAUGGUAAUGAGCAGGGACACCUUGAAGAGGCUGAGGGAGGUCUUAUUUCCCUUCCUCACUCUAGAGGUGGAAGAAGUCCUACCGCAUUAAUCCGAAGCAACGUGGGGGGCUCCACACGGCACCCAGUGGAAAAGGGGGACGUGACUGUAGCCCUGAAUUGGUGGUGAGCCAAGAAGCAAGUGGGAACCUUGGCUUGGACAUCUGACCCCUUCAUUUCAUUCUAUUCCCUUGCUUUCUCUUUGCAGUGGCUCUGUUUUAAAUAAAGAAUA